AUGCACCCCCUCCCAACCCUCCUCUACAACCUCCUCCUCAUAUACGGCCCAGCAAUACUCCACGGCGCCAUGCAUGUCGGUCUCUUCCUCCUGCUCGUUACGCUCUACAACUACUACUUUCAAGUCCGACCCGAGCAACCGGAACAGGGAGGGGAGGAUCUGGGGAUGGAGUUGGAGGGGGAGGGGAAGGGCGAGGAGGAGAUUUGGGAGGUGUGGGUUGAGUGGAGGGGUUGGGGUGCGAUGUGA